UGAAAAUUACAAGAAAUUAAAUAUAGAAUGGUCAAAAUUUUGAACAGGUGAAAAUUACAAAGAAACUUGGCCUCAGUGGGAACACCCAUCAAUUGUAGAGAGUUUCUUCUACUUUCUCUCUCCACCAAGCUCAGAAUCUUUUUCAACUAUGCUCUGAGUUUUUUCAUUCAUUGUGGUUUCUUCUUUUGUCUUUCUCUUCCUUUUCAUUGAAGCAAAGUGAAUCUCUUCAAUCUAAGUGUGCAGUGAGAGAGAAAGCAUGUCAAGUGGAACAACAUACUGGUGUUAUACAUGCAGGCAGCCAAUCUGGCUUGAAAGGAGAGAUGCAAUUUGCCCUUACUGCGAUGGAGGCUUUGUGCAAGAACUUUACGAGCUGCUGCGAGCAGUUUCAAGCCAACAAGGCUUUUCAUCACAAAGGGAAGAUUUUCAACACGUCCCUGACAUUAUGGAUGCUGUGAGAGCUGUUAUGGAGCAAAGAGGUUCUGAGCCAAGAGUUGGAGACAAUUUCAUGAGGCAGAGAAUGGCUGGAAGCUAUACAAAUUUUGAUGUAAGAAGGAGGUUUGGUUCCACCCCAGUUCCUGAUCAGACUUGGGGGGUCUAUACCUCUGGUCCUUAUCUCAUAUUUCAUGGUCAACCUCCAGGGUUUACUGUCUCUAACACUGCCUCAAGAAGUGGUUCCGGGCAUGUUGAUUUUGGUCACUACUUUCUUGGUCCUAGACUUGAAGGACUCAUUGAGCAGCACAUAACCAAUGACCGGCUUGGUCCACCUCCUGCAUCACGCUCUUCUAUUGAUGCAAUGCCAACCAUUAAGAUCACAAAUGAACACCUACAAUCUGAUUCACACUGUGCAGUUUGUAAGGAAAGGUUUGAACUGAGUUCUGAGGCCAGGAAAAUGCCAUGUAGCCACAUUUACCACUCAGACUGCAUUGUUCCAUGGUUGGUUCAGCACAAUUCAUGUCCACUUUGCCGUGUUGAGUUGCCACCACAAGGACACUCCAGUUCUCGAAGUAGUCGAAUUAGGGGAGGAAGGAAUGGUAAUGGCAGUGGCAGUGACAGUAUCUCAAGGAGAAGUGGGAAUAGAGAGAUGAACAGUGGAAGGAGGAAUCUGCUAUCAUAUUUGUGGCCAUUUCGAACUUCUUCCAGUUCAAAUACUUGAUCAUGGUGCUGACACACAGUUCAAAUACCUGAUCAUGGUGCUGACACACAGUUCAAAUACCUGAUCAUGGUGCUGACACUGGGGAACCUACUCUUCUAAGUCUUUGGCCUGUGCCAGAAGUUAACUGAAAGUUUAAUUUCUUCAUCAGCACAAGUGUAAUUAGCUGUCACAUAAUGCUUAUGUUUCUGCAGAUUGUGCUUUGAACUUUAUCUCAUUGAUGCUAGAUCGUAGAAUAUGUGAAACUCUUUGUAUAUUCUUGGAAGCAAUUUUCGUUUUAAAGUUUCGGUUGUAUUGUUGUU